AUGAACAAUCUUACCAGUUCAAUCCCUCAAGAUGUAGGAGUGCUGACGUCUCUAAAUGUCAUUGCUUUGAAUACGAAUAAUUUAACUGGUCAUAUUCCUGUUUCUUUAUGCAACCUGACCAACUUAGACCGACUAUUUCUUCAAGGAAAUCAACUCACUGGUCCUAUUCCUCAAGAUAUAGGAAACCUGAGGUCUCUAAGUUUGUUAGGAUUGUCUCUGAACAAUCUCAGCGGUUCAAUCCCUGCUUCCCUCACAAACUUGACUAGUCUGGAACUCUUUAAUGUUGGUGUGAAUCAGCUCUCAGGAACCCUGAAAUCUCUUACUUCGAUAUAUUUGUCUAAGAACAAACUAACUGCUUUAAUCCCCACUUCCGUGGGUAAUUUAACAAUUUUAACUGAUUUACUUGUCGAUGACAAUCAAUUAUCUGGAUCAUUACCAACAGAACUCAGCAAUCUAACCCAGAUGAUAAUACUUUCUUUGGAUGGUAACUCUCUUUCCGGAAGUAUACCAACUAGUAUAGGAUCUUGCAACAAGCUUACAUAUAUAAACCUUGGCAACAACAAUCUCUCGGGAAACAUUCCGAAUGAGCUUGAAAGAGUGGGAUUGCUGGAAUAUCUUCAACUAAGUGACAACAACCUCAGUGGUACUCUUUCCAGUUCAAUAGCUAAACUUCAACACUUGAAAGUUCUAAAUUUAGCGAAUAUCAAUUUUGGAGGCUCUAUACCCGCUGAGCUUGGUUCACUUCCCAACCUUCAAAUCCUUUCGUUAAGGUCCAACAAUUUCACUGGGUCUAUCCCUGAAGAGAUCCUUUAUUUGUAUCAACUCCGUAUUCUGGAUUUAUCUCAAAAUAAUCUCACAGGUCAAAUUUCAAGAAAAGUAGGAAACCUGAAGAACCUUACAAGUAGACCUAGUGGCACAUUUAUGAUAAACUAUGGCAACGGCGCGGAUGUGCAAUUGAAGUUGGUGGUUAAAGGGAUCAACUUCGAGGUUCAGAUAUCCUCAAGUUAUACCUCGGCAAUUGAUCUAUCGUGCAACAAUCUUGAUGGAAAUAUACCAGAAGAGUUUGGUUUAUUAAAAGGACUUUAUAUGCUUAAUUUGUCUCACAAUCAUUUCUCGGAUAGUAUCCCUGCGAAUGUUGGAGACAUGUCUAGUUUAGAAGCUUUGGAUUUAAGUUGGAAUAGAUUGAAUGGAAAUAUUCCACAUUCCUUGACAUCAAUCGACUCUCUUGGGUUUCUAAAUUUAUCUUACAAUAACUUGAGCGGCAAGAUUCCGGUUGGAAUUCACUUUGAGACUUUGAGUUGGGAUGGAUCAGCUUUUCUUGACAACAAUUUAUUGUGCGGACCACCGACAAAUAAAGUUUGCCAAGGUGAACACAGAAUUUUAACCCUGGAUAUGACAUUCAGACAGAUGAUCAAGAAGAAGCGAAUGAGAGAUUCAUAUUUUAUGGUAUCACUGCUUUGGGCUUUGGAGUUGGAUUCUGGGGUUUGA